AUGGAUCUAAAUAACGACGGAACAGGAGGAUUAGGCGCCCGAGCGAUGGCCGCGUCACAUGACCUCUGGCAGGACGCUAUGGACCACGCUGUCGCCGUGGCACGAGAAUCGGGGAAGGUGAUCCAGGAUUCGCUCCAGGAUCAGGCUCAGACCGGAGUCCAGACCAAGUCUUCAUCUGUGGAUCUUGUCACAGAAACUGAUCAAAGAGUAGAGCAGCUCAUCAUCCAAUCAGUGAAGAGCAAGUUCCCCACCCACAGGUUCAUAGGGGAGGAGUCUGUUGCCGGUGGUGAUGCCUGUGUCUUGACCUCUGAUCCCACAUGGAUCAUCGACCCGAUUGACGGAACGACAAACUACGUCCACAGAUUCCCAUUUGUCGGAGUGUGCAUCGGAUUUGCUGUCAAUAAACAAGUGGAAUGGGGCGUGGUCUACAGCGCCAUCGAAGACAAAAUGUACACAGCUCGAAAAGGACAAGGAGCUUUCUGCAAUGGGCGCCCCCUACAGGUGUCAGCACAAACAGAUGUGCACAAAGCGCUCGUGGCCACAGAGUUCGGCUCCAACAGAGAUCCUCAAGUGGUUGACAAGAUCUUCAGCAGCCUCCGAAAAGUGCUGACCCUGCCGGUGCAUGGGAUCCGCGGGUUCGGCUCAGCGGCCCUGAACAUGUGCUCCGUGGCGUCGUCCGCAGUCGACUUGUAUUUUGAGACCGGGAUUCACAUCUGGGACGUCGCUGCUGCUUCUGUGAUCGUGACUGAGGCUGGAGGAGUCCUGCUGGACACUGGAGGAGGUGCUGUGGAUCUCAUGUCUCGAAGAAUCGUUGCUGCAAAUAACAAAACCAUAGCAACAAAAAUAAUCAAUGAACUCGACGUGUUUUCACCCAAGAGAGACGACGACCCGACCCCUGACCCUGCCGAGUGA